AUGUCUCUUUUCCUUCGCUUGCUGCAAGCGCUUUCGCUUCUGUUCCUUGUCGGAGCAGCGACCGCUGAACAUACAUCAAAUUGGGCCGUGCUGGUCUCAACAUCCCGAUUCUGGUUCAACUACCGCCACCUUGCAAAUGUCCUCUCCCUCUAUCGAACUGUUAAGCGCCUCGGCAUUCCUGACUCGCAAAUCAUCCUCAUGCUCCCCGAUGACAUGGCCUGUAAUCCUCGCAAUGCCUUCCCCGGUACUGUCUACAGUAACGCAGACCGCGCGGUGGAUCUCUAUGGCGACAACAUUGAGGUGGACUACAGGGGUUACGAGGUGACGGUGGAGAACUUCAUCCGGCUCUUGACCGACCGGCUGGAUGAAGAUGUCCCUCGCAGUAAGCGUCUUGGAUCUGAUGCCGGUAGCAAUGUCCUCGUGUACAUGACAGGUCAUGGAGGUGAUCAGUUCCUGAAGUUCCAAGAUGCUGAGGAGAUUGGCGCAUGGGAUUUGGCCGACGCGUUUGGACAGAUGUGGGAGAAGAAGCGUUACCACGAACUACUCUUCAUGAUUGAUACGUGCCAGGCCAACACGAUGUACACUCAUUUCUACUCGCCCAAUAUUGUCGCCACGGGCUCUAGCGAGCUCGACCAAUCCUCUUACUCCCAUCAUGCGGACAACGAUGUCGGCGUCGCGGUCAUUGAUCGAUGGACCUACUAUGUGCUAGAAUUCCUUGAAACACAAGUGACUAGCGCUAAUUCCAAAUUGACUUUGGGAGAUUUGUUCGACUCAUACGACAUGUCCAAGAUCCAUUCACAGCCAGGCGUUCGCUGGGACCUAUUCCCCGGUGGUGAACAAGAAGGCCGUCUGCGCACUGUGGUGGAUUUCUUCGGCAAUGUGCAGAAUGUCGAGAUUGAGAACGCCAAUGCUACCGAUCCGGGAUCUUUGAAGGAAGACCUGGCUGAGAUCGCCCGACUCGUUGAAAAGUGGCGCAAGCGAGACGAGGAAUACUCUUCUAUCCUUGGAAACUCAUCUCAGUCGCAAAGUCAGGGGGCGCAGUCACCUACCGUGCAUUUGCCUUCGAAGAAGCCCGUUGGUGCUACCAAGAUGGCCGAGGAUGGCAGCUGGGGCAAGCGCCUGGUUGGCUUGUCCGUGGUUGGCGCAUGCACUGCCGUAUGGGUAGCGGGGUCAAUUCUGGGUCGAUCAGCCUGA